GAUGUCGGGAAUCCCUCUCCCUGUAGGACUCCGAGCUGCGAGCGAGCUGCAGACGCUGCUGGGAGGAAGUGGCACGUACUGCAUACACGUGAGCCGUCAAGUUUGCCCUGUUCCCUGCCCGUGUUUUCAUCCGCCGCCCCUGAGAGAGAAGAUGUGCCUCCGUGUGCCCGUGGAGAGGCGGUUUUAAUGGCAGAGCUUAGUAAAGAGAUAACAUGCUCCUCCGCAUCUUCAGCUGCAUUUCCUGCUCAUAAACACGAGAUCUUGUGCCGCAAGGUGACCAGAGCGAGCCCGACUUGAAUAGGGUCCACCAUGUUUCCUGAUGCGCUGGAAGCAGCCGGGCGGGUGGAGGGCCUGCCACUGUCCUCCCCACAACCACUACCAGAGCUAGAAGAAGAGGAAGCAGAGGUAUCGUCGGAAAAGGGGCCAAAGAGACGAGGCCGCUAUCGGAAAAGCCUGCAGCUUUUAAAGCCCUUCAGGAUAACACACAAACACCAGCACCCAGUCGAUAACGCUGGCCUCUUCUCAUUUAUGACUCUGCACUGGCUAUCCCCGCUGGCGCUGAAGGCCUACAAGACGUCCAGCUUGUCUAUCGAUGACGUGUGGGGACUGUCUUGCCACGAAGCCUCUGAAAUCAACUGCCAAAGGCUCGAAUCAUUGUGGCACGAUGAACUGAAGAAGCGAGGGCGAGAGGGGGCAUCCCUGACAAGAGUCUUUUGGAGGUUCUGCCAAACCCGCAUGCUGGUGGCCAUCUUUUCCCUGCUCCUCACAAUGCUGGCAGGCUUUGUUGGGCCCGCUCUCCUGGUUCGAGCUCUGCUGGAAUACGCCCAGAUGUCUGAAAGCUGUGUGCCGUACGGCCUGUCUCUGGUAGCCGGGAUCUUCCUCUUGGAACUCAUGCGCUCAUGGUCUUUGGCGCUCAUGUGGGCCGUCAACUACCGCACUGCAGCACGCCUCCGUGGGGCAGUUCUUACUUGUGCCUUCCACAAGAUCCUCCGCCUGCGCAGCACUAAAGACAUCAGUUCAGGCGAGUUGAUCAACAUGUGCUCCAGUGAUGGCCAGCGGCUGUAUGAAGCAGUGUCAGUGGGCUGUCUGCUGGCUGGAGGGCCUCUGGUGGGAAUACUGGGUCUUUCCUACACUGCGUACUUCCUUGGUCCCACUGCCCUGCUGGGGUCAGCCAUUUUCAUCAUCUUCUACCCUGCCAUGAUGCUUGCAUCGAGGCUGACGGCGUAUUUCCGCAAGAAAUGUGUGUCAGUGACUGACCGGCGCGUGAGGCUUAUGAACGAGAUCUUGGGCUGCAUAAAGUUCAUCAAGAUGUAUUGCUGGGAAGAUGCCUUUGCUCAAAACAUCAACAAGGUGAGGUCAGAAGAGAGGGGGAUACUGGAGCAAGCCGGGGUCAUCCAGAGCUUCACAGUGGGUGUGGCUCCCAUCGUCGUGGUGAUAGCGAGUGUAUGCACAUUCACUCUGCACAUGACCAUAGGCUAUGACCUUACUGCGGCUGAGGCUUUCACUGUGGUUGCAGUUUUCAACUCCAUGACCUUUGCCUUGAAAGUCACACCAUUGGCUGUCAGGUCACUGUCGGAGGGUGCUGUGGCAAGCAAAAGGUUUCAGAGGCUCUUCAUGAUGGAUGACAGAGAGUCUGUUUUGAUCAAAUUGGAAGAUCCUAGCAAUGCAGUCGAAUUUCGGGAUGCCACACUGGCAUGGGAAAAGGCUCGACCGCCCGCUGCAAAACCUAACUCACCUCCCAAGAAACAGUUCAACAGAGGAGGGAUGAAGCGAGUGCUACGCAGGGAGAAGCUUAGUCUGUACAUUUCAACAGAGGACGGCAAAGGAAUCAAGGAAGGUCCCAACGCACAAAGUCUCCUCACAAAUAUGGAGCAGGAAAGUCCACAAAGCACCAUCUCCUCCACUCAAAGCAUACGACCUCCACUGCACAAGACCCUGCACCGCAUUGACCUACGUAUUAAAAGGGGUGCACUGGUGGGGAUCUGUGGAGGUGUUGGUAGUGGAAAGAGCUCUCUUCUGUCGGCUCUACUGGGACAGAUGACCCGGUUAGAGGGAAGUGUAGCUGCCAGCGGUGGUUUUGCUUUUGUGUCCCAGCAAGCCUGGAUCCUUAAUGAAUCACUGAAGGAGAACAUCUUGUUUGGGAAGGAGUAUGACGAAGACAAAUAUAAUGCUGUUCUGGAAGCUUGCUGUCUGCUCCCAGAUCUUCCAGAGCUGCCAUAUGGAGACAUGACAGAGAUUGGGGAGAGAGGUGCCAACUUGAGUGGGGGACAGCGUCAAAGAGUGAGCAUGGCUCGUGCACUGUACAGCGAGCGGCCCAUACUUCUCCUGGAUGACCCGCUCAGUGCUGUUGACGCUUGUGUGGGUUCCCAUGUCUUUAACAAAGCUAUACGGGGUGCCGCCAAAGGCAAGACAGUGCUCUUUGUAACCCAUCAGCUGCAGUAUCUGUCAGAGUGUGAUGAUAUCAUUCUGAUGAAGGACGGGCAGAUUGCAGAGCACGGCACCCAUGCUCAGCUAAUGGGUAAAGAGCGUGACUAUGCCACCUUAUUCAACAGCAUGCAACAGGAGAAUCUGGUGAAAGAGAAUUUAAAAAACAAACAACAGAAGGCAGGUGCAGAAAAGGCUGAUAGUGUUGUCAAGGUUGCCAAGGUCGCAUCCGAGGUGGAGAGCAAAAAAGGAGGACAACUGAUGAAAGCUGAAGAGAAGGGUUCUGGUGCAGUAGCCUGGUCGGUGUAUAGAGCCUACAUCAAAGCAGCAGGAGGUCCAAUAGUCUUCAUCAUCAACACCUUCUUCUUCCUGUCCACCACAGGCUGCAUAGCCUUCUGUAACUGGUGGCUGAGCCAUUGGAUCAGGCAGGGCAGCGGGAACACAUCAUUAAUUUUGGUGAAUGAAACAAUGGAAAGCAACAGCAUGAGGCUCAACCCUCAUAUUCGGUACUAUUCAACUGUUUACGUCAUCUCCAUGGCAGCUGCUUUAUUGCUGAAGACAAUCAGAGGGCUGGUGUUUGUAAAGUGCACGGUGAAGGCUGCCUCCGUGCUCCACGACAAGCUGUUCCGCCGGCUCCUCCUCAGCCCCAUGCACUUUUUUGAUACAACACCUCUGGGUCGUAUCCUGACCCGCUUCUCCAGGGACAUGGAUGAGGUGGAUGUGCGUCUCACCAUGCAAGCUGAAAUGCUGCUGCAGAACCUCACCCUGGUGCUGUUCUGCCUGGGAAUGGUGGGAAUCAUCUUUCCUUGGUUCCUGGUCUCCAUCCUGCCCCUCUUAGUCUUCCUUUUCAUUGUCAACCGUGUCUCCAGGGUUUUGAUCCGUGAGCUAAAGCGCCUGGAAAACAUCAGCCAAUCACCCUUCACCUCUCACAUCACCAGCAGUCUUCAGGGACUCUCUACCAUCCAUGCUUAUGGAAGGGGGCACGACUUCCUCCAAAGAUAUCAGGAAUUGCUGGACACUAACCAGGCCUCUAACUACCUCUUCAGCUGCGCUAUGCGUUGGCUGGCUGUCCGCCUGGACCUCAUCAGCAUCUCUCUUAUCACUGGUGUAGCACUUCUCAUUGUCUUCAUGCACAAACAGAUACCUCCAGCCUAUGCGGGCCUGGCCAUAUCAUACGCAGUGCAGCUGACUGGAUUGUUUCAGUUUACGGUGAGGCUGCUCACGGAAACCGAGGCUCGGUUUACAUCAGUAGAGAGGAUCAAUCAUUACAUAAAGUUUUUAGAGAGUGAAGCUCCACGAAAAAGUCCCGAGGCAGCCACUCCUGCCCCCUCUUGGCCUCAGCAGGGAAAGAUUACCUUCCAGGAUGUUGAGAUGCGUUAUCGUGACAAUCUACCGCUGGUGCUUAAGAAAUUGUCCUUUACCAUCCUGCCCGAAGAGACAAUCGGCAUUGUGGGCCGCACAGGAUCAGGAAAGUCCUCUCUGGGUGUAGCUCUGUUCCGACUUGUUGAGCUGACAGGAGGCUCUAUUAUCAUCGACGGAAUCAAUAUUGCCCAGAUUGGUCUGGAUGACCUGCGGAGCAAGCUAGCCAUCAUUCCUCAAGAGCCUGUGCUCUUCAUCGGCACCGUCAGGACCAAUUUAGACCCAUGGGACCAAUACACUGAUUCACAGAUAUGGGACGCUCUUGAGAAAACACAUAUAAAAGAGAUGGUCAGCCAACUGCCUCACUCCCUCCACUCAGAGGUAACAGAGAACGGAGAGAACUUCUCAGUGGGAGAGCGACAGCUACUCUGUGUGGCCAGAGCUCUUCUGCGAAACAGCAAGAUUCUCAUAUUGGAUGAGGCAACAGCAGCCACCGACACUGAGACAGAUCGCCUGAUCCAAGAGACCAUUCGCUGUGAAUUUGGCAGCUGCACCACCCUCAUCAUCGCUCAUCGUCUCAACACUGUGAUGAACUGCAGCAGGGUCAUGGUCCUGGACAACGGCCAGAUUUUGGAGUUUGACAGUCCGACUGCUUUGCUGGCAGAUGAAAACUCAAGAUUCAGAGCCAUGAUAGAAGCAUCGGAAAACCAAAGGAGAUGAAAUACGCAGGAGCUGAAUGUUUGGAUGCAAGCUGUGACACCACAAAAUAUUCAGUGAAAUUACUGAAUUGCACAAAAAUACAAUUAAUCAGACCCUGCCAUGGUGUGAAAGUGAUGUGUUAAGAAUUACAGAGACUCUUUGCAAUAGCUGCUCUGUGUAACUAUGUCUGAUUAUUUUCAAACCAAAGACCCCGGUGGCAACAUUUCUGAGGGGCACGUCAAAUCUUACUAUGCAAAGAAAGACAUCAUAGCCUACUGCUCUUUGCCACCAUGUUGCAAAAGUUAUUUACUGGAGGCUAAAUAAUUAACUGUAAGUGAAACAGAGCAAUGACUCUGUCAACAGCACUUUAUUUUUCAUCUGGACACAUGGAAGCUCAUGUGGCGCCCCUUUUUCCUCUGUCUCGAGACAACGCAGAAUUAGUUUACGUCAUUUUAUAUUUGUAACCAAGACCUCACUGUGCAUGAAUUUACUGUCAAGGAAAUAAUGGUGUGAAUCAGAUUAAUAAUCAUUUAUACAUCAUUUAUAUAGUCUAGAUAAUUUAUCAGUUAGUAAUUAUUAUUCAAUACAUUUAUCUAAAUCUAAAAAAUACAUACAUAAAUACAUUCCAUAGAGGCACUGUCUAAAAAUGUUGUUUUUCAUGUUUGAUGCAUCUAGUUCAAUGUUAUUAUGCAGUCAUUUCAGUAAAUUAUUGCAGAUGCAAUAUGUGCCUAGAGCUGUCCAUAUUUCAGGUCAUAUAAUGGAAUUAGCCAUGUAAGCAUGCUGUUAUAGACUUCGUGUGCGUACUGUUUUUUUUUUUUUUAAAUGAGCUAAUCUUUCCUCUAAAUUAAAAUGCCGGAGUUUAAAAUAUACAAAUUUUACAUUGACAGUAUUGUUUUUACCAGCAUAGGAGUGGUCUUGUUGAAGAAAAAGUAUGUUAUACAGUUGCAAUAACAGAUGUCAACCACGGUAGUUAUUUGCAACGAAGCUGAAAUGGAUGAUGUGUCUUCAAACAUUGUGUUUUCAGUAAAAACUAAAGAUUGUAAACUUCUGCCUUAUAAUCAAGUAUGCUGAAAAAACAUGAAGAGUGCAAUAUGUUUCUAUUGCAUUGAUACAUUUUCAAGAUUGCCUUUGUACACUUGAGAUUGUAAUGUUGCAAUAUAUUUUUUGUAAGUGGUUGAUUUUUGUU